AUGUACGCGGUGGGCUUUGAUCACGAGCACUCCCGUUCGGACAGAGAUGAAUACAUCGACGUCUUCACCGAGAACGCGGAGCCAGAAAAUGUGGAGCAGUUUGACAAGCUCGAGCCCUGGGAGAACAGGCUGCUGACACCAUUCGACAGAGACUCAGUCAUGCUGUACGGCUCGGAGUCGUUUGCCCGCGAACCAGGCCUGGCAACCAUGCUGGCCAAGGACGGCAGCAGGCUUAAAGAAGUUUACGACAAGCGAGGUCUGAGCGCUAGCGAUGCGCGAAGGAUAAAUAUGCUGUACCGCUGCAAAAAUAAAAAGACUUAG